AUGUCACGUUGCAGGGAAAAGAUUGCCAAAAAUCGUCUUCCUGCGUUCAAUUUGGAGCUUGUAGAACGACAUUCAGAAGUAUGUAAAGAGAACGAAGAUGAUGAGGUAUGCAAUGCGGCCCAAUGUUACCCUAUAACUGACAUCAAUGAUAUGGUUUCUAUUGGAUCGUGGCGUGAUGCUGCGAAUGAAGAGUUGCUCCGUCAACACCGCAUUACACAUGUAUUAAAUGUCGCACGUGAGUUAAUACCUGAAGAAGAACUUCAUCGUAUGGAGUCUAUAAAUUUUGUUAAAAGUAAAUGUAUACCUCUUAGUGAUAGCCUUAAUGAGGAGUUAGAACAACACUUUGAUGAGGCUUUUGAGUUUAUUCGCAAUGCAACCCAUAAUGGGAGAGUUUUGGUUCACUGCCGUCGAGGAAUAUCUCGUAGUGCAGCCAUCGUUAUUGCAUACAUGAUGGCUUCCGAGGGCCAAUCAUUCCGAACUGCCUUCGAAAAUGUGUAUAGGAAACGUCCUUGUAUAUCUCUCAACUUAUCCUUUAUUCAGCGAUUGGAGGAUUACGAAAAUCACCUCCGUUCAAUGCACCUGAAUAAUACUCAGGAACACGGGGAAGAAAAGGGUAAUCACUCUCCUAACUGUAUGUAG